CAUCGCGGGGGGUAAGUUCACUUCAGCCCCGCUGUAGUGGCCGUGGGAGGACAGGGGGAGCUGAACUAACAUGAUACAGCACUGGUUCUACUUUAUAAGUUUCUUUUUUUUUUCUCCAGUGCUAGCAAAAUUGUUAUUUUUUGUUGAGACGCUAAAACGUGUUUGAAGUUUCUGUGUUUUUAUGGGAAUGAUUCCCCAGUUUUCUGUUAAAGAGGGACACUCUGUUCUGUCGAGACACAUCUAAAGACAUGUUGUACUGGGCUUUCUGUGACUGGAGAGUACCACUCCUGAUGGUUCUGCUGUGGGAUGGUCUUUGUGCUUUGGGAGUGAAGCCCACGAAAUGGCCCCUGUUCUCCCAAAAGCCCCUACUCCUCGCCUGGAAUGUCCCAACGCAGGAAUGUGGCCCCUGGCACAGCGUAUCUUUCCAGCUGGACCAGUUCCAGAUCGUUGCCACCCCAAAUGAGGCCUUUGUCAGGCAGAACUUGACCAUAUUCUAUCAGGACCGCCUGGGCUUGUACCCCUACUUUGAGGGAGGUGAAAGACCAGUGCGUGGGGGGCUGCCGCAGGUUGUCUCUCUCUCUCAGCACCUCAAUGAAAUGCAGAAAGGUGUUAAUAACUACAUACCAAACCAAGAGGCUGUAGGUUUAGCAGUUAUUGACUGGGAAGAGUGGCGGCCUCUCUGGAUACGAAACUGGGGAGCCAAAAAUAUCUAUCGCGAGCAUUCUCGUGACCUGGUGCGCCAGAAGAACCCAACAUGGUCUGAGGAGCAGGUGGGAAAAGUGGCCCAGCAGGAAUUUGAGAUGUCUGCCAAGAAGUUCAUGCUUGAGACGCUCAGGCACGCUAAACACCUGAGACCCAACCAGCUGUGGGGGUUUUACCUGUUCCCAGACUGCUACAACCACGACUACCUACGCUCUCUGGACAGCUACACGGGCCGCUGCCCCGAUGUGGAAGUGACCCGCAACGAUCAUCUGAGGUGGCUGUGGUCUGAGAGCACGGCCCUCUUUCCCUCCGUAUACAUGGGAACAGUGCUGCGUUCCUCUUCCUCAGGACGGCAGUUUGUGCGGAACCGAGUGAAGGAAGGGAUGCGUUUAGCUUCAUCCGGCGAUGGGCUGGCACGUCCUGUCUUUGUGUACACCCGGCCCACCUACAUCAACUCCCUGGAACAGCUGACAGAGUUUGACCUUGUGUCCACCAUUGGGGAGAGUGUUGCUCUGGGAGCAGCAGGGAUUAUCCUGUGGGGAGAUGCAACAUAUACAACCAACAAGACCACCUGCUCUGACCUGAACAAGUACCUCCAGGGCACGCUGAGUCCAUACCUCCUCAAUGUCUCCACAGCAGCAGAGCUCUGCAGCCAAACCCUGUGUGGUUCCCACGGCCGCUGUCUGCGCAAACACCCUGACAGUGAUGUUUACCUUCACCUCAACCCCGUCACACACAGAAUCGAGAGACAAAAUGGCAAAUAUUCGGUCAUCGGUGAGCUGGGAGAUACAGAUAAAGUACUUUUUGAAAAAGACUUUCAGUGCCAGUGCUACAGGGGCUUUAAGGGGGAGGCUUGUAAUCACAGCGACCCUCUGCACCAGAGAGGGUCGGCGCCGAAAACCAGAACACCAUUGUUGCUGUGUGUAAUGUUUCUUAUAGCCUUUGUGCUCCUGUGUUAAUGCCAAACACAUAUUUGCAAAUACACUUCCUAUUUAUUUCAUUUAAUUUUCACAUUCUGCUGUGCCAAAAACAGGAGGCUAUUUUAUUAGUAUUUUUUUGUGACAACAUAAAAUAGUUUUUCACUGACUGUUUACGGAGAUCUUCCCCUGCCACAGCCUCCAACACGCUUUUUCUCCCACCAUCUCUUUGAAUUUACAACUUUCCAAUAAACUUAAAUACUUACUUACCCUGGUGAACAAAAUCAUCCCCACAGCAUGAUGCUGCCAGUGCCAUGUUUUACCAUAGCGGGGAUGUUUUUCUAGAGUCCCAGUUGGAGUGUCCUCUUCCACAUGUUUGUUGUGUCACUUGUAAGGAUUAAAAAAACCACAAACAAGACUUAUGAUAAUAUAUUUUUUGCCACUCUUCCAUGAAGACCAGAUUAGUUCCAAGCAUUAUUAAUAGUUUCCUACCAACAUAUUCUCUUAUUUAAGAUGUAAAUCUAUUUUUCAGAAUGAUGGCUUCAACAGAGAAGCAAGCCACCACACUUUCCUGUAGAUUUGCAGUACUUUUUACCUUUAAAAAUUAUUUGAAUACUGCUGGGAGAGAUCUUGGAUAUUUUUUCUAAUCACACAGUUGCUUUAAAAUUUACCACAUCUAUAUCGCUGACCAAUCUGCUUUUUCUUGGUGUUCGUUAUGAUAUUUUGUCACUGUUGUUCUCCACCAAACCUGUGAGCGCUGUAUACAGAGAUUAAAUUACACCCUGCUGACUUCUGAAAGUAGUUAGUUGCAGUUUUAACGGGGAUUGAUCACAUACUAUGACUAUAAAAAACAAAACAAAAAAAAACCCCAUAAAAGUAUCUUUAAAUAUAACAAUCCUGAUGAUGUAUACUUUGUCUUUUUUACAGCCCAAAAAAGUUUGUACAAUCAGCAGACAUAAACAUUGUAGGAGGGCAUCUGUCCACAGCUUAAAUUACCAAAUUAAAACUUGAACAAUGACAGAUAUUGAAAAACAUUAGUGAAAUAUCAACGCUCUCACUUUAGUGAACACCAAUGUUCUUAUUGUCAUCCCAGGACUGCGGUUGUCUUCUCCUUGGCAUGCAGUAUUUUUUUUUCCACUUUUUUCUACAUUUGAUCUUAAAUUCUUCCUAUUUCGUCUCACGCCUCUGGCUGGUGUUGCUGGCUUGUUCUGCUUCAUUACAUUAGACAAAGUGCAAUAACAAAUGCAGACAAAACAAAAUGUAAAACAGAAAUACAAAAAUAAGCCAACCUGGCGCUAUAAUUUACUCUGAAAACCUUUGCAUGACACCACAGAGAGCUACUAGAGAUAUGUCAAAUAGUACAUAGCAAAUGCCCCUUUAAGGGGAAACCAAGUGAAACGCACACAAUGCAAAUGUAUGCCACAUCUUCCAUAAAUACUGAAAAGAAAAAUUGGAAGAUGUUAAGAUUAGUACAUGCGGUCACCAAGAGGGAUUAGUAUUUUUUUUUGCUGCAAAACCUUCCUGACAGAAAGUCUAACUAGUAUAAACAAUGGGACUGAAAAGAGAUUUCUGUUUAUAAAUUAUGAGUGUUUUUUUAAACGGCAGAGGGCUCGCUGGAAAUUAAACUGUUUACAUUAUGCUCUCUGCUUCCACCUUGGUUACUGUUUCCCAAGGUGUCAGAUUUUUCAUUUCCCUCGGAGAUCUGAGGCUUCUGUUUUAAAUGUGUUGAAUGAAGUGAAGAACCAAAGUUGUUACUGGGUGGCCAGUGUGGAAAUAAAGCACUUAAAUCAACUUGGAGCACAACGUA